GUUUUAUCAUAAAUAAAUGUGGCAUUCGACAUUUUUGUUAGAACUAGAAUUCGCCUGUAUUUAUUAUUGGUUUACUAAACAUCAUCAAAUCGAUAGCCAUAUAUGGUUGUUGUUAAGUGAGACAAUAAAUAUAAACUACAGUAUGGUGCAAUUAGUAAUUCUAGCACUCAUCAGAACAUACUCCAGUUUAAUAAAAAGAAAACAACUAAACUUUUGAAGUUGUUUUACUCAAUUCACUUGAUUUUUACAACAAAAUGUCAGAAGAUGAAAUAAGUGCACUUGUAAUUGAUAAUGGAUCCGGUAUGUGUAAAGCUGGAUUCGCCGGUGAUGAUGCACCAAGAGCUGUAUUCCCAUCAAUUGUUGGUCGUCCAAGACAUCAAGGUGUUAUGGUUGGUAUGGGACAAAAAGAUAGUUAUGUUGGUGAUGAAGCACAAUCGAAAAGAGGUAUUCUAACUUUGAAAUAUCCUAUUGAACAUGGAAUUGUUUCAAAUUGGGAUGAUAUGGAGAAAAUAUGGCAUCAUACAUUUUAUAAUGAACUACGUGUAGCCCCAGAAGAACAUCCUGUCCUACUUACUGAAGCACCAAUGAAUCCCAAAGCAAAUCGUGAAAAAAUGACACAGAUUAUGUUUGAAACAUUCAACAGUCCAGCCAUGUAUGUUGCUAUCCAGGCAGUUUUAUCUUUGUAUGCAUCUGGUCGUACUACGGGUAUAGUAUUGGAUUCAGGUGAUGGUGUAAGUCAUACUGUUCCUAUUUAUGAAGGUUAUGCUCUACCACAUGCAAUUCUUCGUCUUGAUUUGGCUGGUCGUGAUUUAACUGAUUAUCUUAUGAAAAUAUUAACUGAACGUGGUCAUUCUUUCACUACUACUGCUGAACGUGAAAUUGUUCGUGACAUCAAAGAAAAAUUGUGUUAUGUUGCCUUGGAUUUCGAUCAAGAAAUGGGUACUGCUUCACAUAGUUCAUCACUUGAAAAAAGCUAUGAAUUACCUGAUGGUCAAGUGAUUACAAUUGGUAAUGAACGUUUUCGAUGUCCUGAAGCAAUGUUACAACCAAGUUUCUUAGGUAUGGAAUGUUCCGGUAUACAUGAAACAACUUAUAGUUCAAUUAUGAAAUGUGAUGUUGAUAUUCGUAAAGAUCUUUAUUCAAAUAUUGUUCUAUCUGGUGGUUCUACUAUGUUUCCUGGUAUUUCAGAUCGUAUGCAAAAAGAAAUUUGUAAUUUAGCUCCAACAACAAUGAAAAUUAAAAUUGUAGCACCACCUGAACGUAAAUAUUCUGUAUGGAUUGGUGGGUCUAUAUUAGCUUCAUUAUCAACAUUUAAUCAAAUGUGGAUCACAAAACAAGAAUAUGAUGAAUCUGGUCCAGGUAUUGUACAUCGUAAAUGCUUCUAAUUUAACUUUAUAACUGUACAUUUUAUUUUAUUUGUUGUUUUUAUUCUUACCUUCUUUCAUAAGGAACAUUAUAAUCAAUCCUGUCUAAAUGAUUAUGAUUCCCUCUUCACAAGUUGUUUAUUAGUUUUAAACUUUUUUUUCUUUACGAUUAAAAUUCUUUCU